UGUGUGUGUGUGUGUGUGUGUGUCUAUUUGUGUACCGAGGUGAGACCAAAAGAAAGCGAGUGAGGGAGGGGGAUCUAGUUGCAUUAUAGGUUGACAACAGCCCUUGUCCAUUCACCUGUGGGAAACUUCUGACCUUCAGUGCACACAUCAUAACAGAGACCCAUCACAACACAGAUGCAACCAAACAAACCCUCAUCAUGGAUCUGAUGGGACACAAUACUGCACCACUGUAUUCAUCAGCAAUCACCUGGUUGUGCUUGACUCUUCAAUGACACAGCGAGAAGCUCCAUGCUGGCAGGACACAGAGGGAUCUGAAGGAGCCAGAGCAGUUUUCCCAGCGUGUUCCUGGAGAGGAGAUUCUGGCAGUUCAGAAUGAUGCAACAGAUCUUGAGAGACAUGUUUGUAGAUCCAGAGCUUCUGGCUGAACUUAAUGAGGAGCAGAAGCAGAUUCUUUUCUACAAAAUUCGUCAGGAGCAGGUGCGACGAUGGACGGAGUGUGAGAGCAAAGAGGGAAGCUGGGAAAGUCCCCUGACCGAGGAGAGAGACGAAAACAGGAAAAGUGUUCAGUGGCUGCAGGACAAAGAUGGUGAGGUGUGGGUCUGGGUUAUGGGGGACGCCCCUGGAGACAAACCAUACGAGGUGAUUGUCAAAGAGCUGAUGGAAGAGAGAGCCAGGCGACAGGCUCAGCUAGAAGCCCAAGAGCUGUGGCGAAAAAAAGAAGAAGAAAUAAAGCAAAAGUUCAGAGAUGCCAUUGCAAAGGAAAAAGCACGUUUAGUUGCAGGAAAGUGGAAGGAAGAAGCCGAGGACAGAAAGGCAGCCAAACAGGAAGAGGAAGCUAUACGAGAAAAACUAAAGAAACAAGAGGAAGAGGAGAGGCAGAGGGAAGAGGAGGAGAUACGACGUGCAGAGGAAAAAAGAGCGAAGGAGCUAUAUAUGUCCCUUGAGCAUGAACAAAAAAAAAAUGAACAACGUGACAAAGAGUGGGAGGAACAAUUACGUCGCUCCAAAGCAGCUGAUGAGGAGAUUACAAGGAAGGCUCGCUGGGCAAGAGAUGAGUAUAAGCGUCAGUCACUACGGGCCAUAGAGAAAGGCCACGUGGCUGGCCUGAGUGGCCACUUCCAGAAACAAUCCCACCGGAGACACAGUACUUUCAUUGAACCAUCUGCUAGUCCUGUCUUAAGCAAUGAAGUCAAACCCAGGCCCGGCAUUCAACGUGCAGAACCCCCUUUGUACCGCCGCAGACAAAGCCGCAAGCAUAGUACAACCACAACACAACCACUACUGGACAGCCCUGCAUGGUUGCGGACACCACGACCCAGUUCCAGGGAGUUGGUUAUUCUCUGGUUUACUGAAGAGCAGAAACCAAAACAGGCGGGACAUGAAAGGAACGGCAAUACUAUCGCCCCAUGGUUCCAUGGUAUCAUUUCUCGAGAGGACUCAGAAAGACUGCUUAUGAAUUCUGCUAAGGGCUCUUUCUUGGUACGGGUCAGUGAAAGGAUAUGGGGCUACACACUGUCCUAUCGCACAGCCAGCGGCUUCAAGCAUUUCCUUAUCGAUGCUUCUGGGGACUAUUACAGCUUUCUGGGUGUGGACCAAAACCGUCAUGCCACCCUUGCUGACAUCAUUGACUUCCACAAGGAGGAAGUCAUCACAACUACAGGGAAAGAGCUGCUGCUGGAGGCCUGCAUGCGGACCGGGCCCUCUGCGGACUUCGGAGGGCUUUUCCCAUGACUCCUCGCAUAAAGACUUCAAAGGCGAAUCUCUGCAGGGCAGCUAAUGUAGCAGGGUGUUCGUUGCAUUUCAAAGAACACGGUCAAAAAUAACAUAAUAGAACAAGACUUCUGGACCGCAUGUUCUGCCUCUUAUUUACAGUGCCUUAUGAUCGGGCCCCAGACUUUUUCUUUGCAUUUUCUGUGCUGAUCUUUGAGGAAAAGAUGUGGAAUCCUUGUUUUAAACAUGGUAAAAUAUGUUACAUAAAGCUGAGAAUACUAUACUCUUGUUAGUAGCUGACAGCAUUAUCGAAUAUUUCAGAGAUUUAUGAUAAGUCUCCAUAUGAUCCUGGCAAUUGAAAGAGUUGACACUAACUUGACAUGUUGUGUUUUACAUGGAUUAGUGGUCUUUGUGGUUGAAAAGCCAUUAGUGUUCGAUUUUUUUGUGUCUUUUUAGUGGUUAUUAAUGCAUGUAAGUCAAAUGCAUUCAUGUAGUGCAACUGCAAGUAUAAAUAUAUAUGAAACCAACCUAUUAUUUUCUGUUCUUUAGAAUAGGAUGUGAUGCAAAUAGCAAGAACCAUUGUGAGCACUGAAAGAGAAAGAAAUCAAAAGAAAGUACUGUGACUGGGGAAGGUCUGAUUUAACAACAACAGGAAAAGACAGUUUCCUCUGUCCAUCCUUUAGGCGUAUUGUAGCUUUUUCCAUGAGGGAGAUAGUUGUUCCGUACCUUCCAGUGAAAGAAAACAGGUCUUCUACACUUCCGACCCAGCAAAAUAUGUGCACAUCACCUGACAGAGGGGCAAUGGUCUUUUUUAUUUGUUUUAAGUAUGUUCCCAUUCCAUCUGCCCUGCCAGAAAAGCCCAUAAUGGGACUUUUUAUCAGGACUGAUUGUCAAAGGUGUUCAAUCUAAUGUAGAGGUGACUGUAAAAAGGCAAAAUUACAGAGAACCCAGUCCUGCUUUAUCACAAAUUGAGCAAGACAAUUGUGCUUAAUUACUGUGCUAUAAGUCAUUUUGAAAGGGAAAAUGCCACUGCUACUAUAUAGUAAAGAUGCUUUAGUAGUUGUAUGGGCUGAAAAAGUAACAAAAAAGUUCUAGAGUUGUGUCUAAUGUACCGCACUGCAGGCUUGCUCAAGAAGUGAGCCUUUCUGACCUGACCGUCUGGAGCUCAGAUGUCAUAACACACAGCAAAGUCUGAAUUUUAAAGGCCCAUUUUAUGUUACAUUGUUCAGGUUGUUUACUGUUGUUGUUGUUGUUUUUUCCCUGCUCCCCUGCCAAAGUCAAUCCAGGAUUAAAGGCAUAGACGAUUUUCUAUAACUGAGCCCUCAGGAAGUUUCUACUUUUAAUCGCUCCAGUCAUUCUUCCAUACUCACAAUGCAACA